UCACGCUAAGUGGACAAUGGGUUCCCGCUGUGCCAAGCUCAGCACGGGCCACGGCUCAGGCCACGGCACGGGCCACGGCAUGGGCCACAGCACGGGCCACAGGAAAGGCCACGAAUCCUCCAUGAAGAAGUUUGUGGCCUGUGUGAGUCAAGACAACUUCUCCCUGUCAUCAGAGGGUGAGGAAGAUGAGGAGCAGGAGGAGGAGGAGGAAGAAGAGGAGGAAGAGGAGGAGGGAGAGGAGGAGCUCCCAGUUCAGGGCAAGCUGCUACUGAUGGAGCCCGAGCAGCAGGAGGAGACGGCCGAGGACAGCCCCGGGGCCCUGCAGAGCUCCGAGCCCAAGCAGACACACUCCUGACCCCCGACGACGGCCCGGGAGGGGGUGUCGGUGCUGUUCCAGCCAGAACU